CUGAGCAGCCGACCGCGCUUCAACGUCACCCCAACCACUCAUCGGCACUCCCUCGGUGCUCGCCGUCAUCGCUCCGUGGCCGUCUCGCGCAUCAGACCUCGCACGAACGGAACAUCGGCUGUCAUGGGCGACGCGACCGCUGCGCUUGAAAGCCUGGAGCUGAACGAGGAAAGAUUCGUCGGCCUCCUUCGUAAGCUCAUCGGCGAGGUCGAGAAGCUUCAGAACACCGGCGUGGGGACCGCGUACGUCCCUCAGGAGGACCUCGCCAUCAAGCACGUCCUGGACGUCCUCGCGCCGCACCGCGUGGAGAACGGCGGACCGCUCGAGAUCGACCACGUGACGUACGCCGAGGGAAGAGGCAAUCUCAUCAUCAAGUACCCGGGCACGGGUACCGCGGAGGACGUCCUGAGCUUCGUCGGCAGCCACCUCGACGUCGUCCCCGCGAACCCGGACGCGUGGGACGUCGACCCGUUCUCGCUCACCGUGGACGGGGAUAAGCUCUCCGGGCGAGGAACCACGGACUGCCUCGGGCACGUCGCGCUCAUGACGACGCUCUUCUCGCAGAUCGCGGAGUUGAAACCAAAACUGAAGACGUCGCUGACGUGCGUGUUCAUCGCGAGCGAGGAGGCGUCCGGUCCGGGCAUCGGCGUCGACGGGCUCGUCGCGGAGGGGAAGCUCGACCACUGCAAGCCCGGUCCCGUCGUGUGGGUUGACUGCGCGGACAGCCAGCCUUGCAUAGGCACGGCGGGUGCGAUCACGUGGCACCUCACCGCGACCGGGCAUCGGUUCCAUUCCGGUCUGCCGCACAAGGGGAUCAACGGCAUCGAGCUCGGCAUGGAGGCGUGCGCGCGCCUUCAAGCGAAAUUUUACGAAACCUUCCCUGCGUGCCAGAAGGAACGCGAUUACAAGUUCAUCACGCCCUCGACGAUGAAACCGACGCAGAUCAAGUGCGCGCCUGGGGGAUUGAACCAGAUCCCACCGGAGGCGACGAUCAGCGGAGACGUUCGCCUCACGCCGUUCUACGAAGUCGCGAAAUUAAAGCAGUGCAUCGAGGACGAGGUCGCGGCGAUGAACAAAGACAUCGAGGCGUUGCCGACGCGCGGGCCGUGUAGUAAGUAUGUCAUCAACCCGGAGGGCGCCGAGCCUAUCGUAGGAAGAUUAUCGCUCGAGUGGGGGGAUCAUCUUCUCACCGGGAUCGCGUGUGACCUGGAGAGCCCCGCGUUCAAGCUGAUGUGCGACGCCAUCAACGAGGUGAAAGGGAAGGCAGAGCCGUACUCGUUGACCGGGUCGCUUCCGCUCGUGCACGAGAUGCAACAGGAAGGUUUCGACAUUCAGCUUAUCGGGUUCGGGCUGAUGUCGACGUACCACGCGGAUAAUGAGUACUGCUCCCUGAACGACAUGAAGGAUGCGGCGAAGAUCCUCUCGAGGCUCAUCACGAAGUUCGGAUGACGGGCUACCGUAGACUUGCUUAGAUGUGUGCGCGAAAAUUUACGUCCACGUCACGCA